GCGGCGAGCGGGGGAUGGCGGAGGGACGGCGGCAGCGGCGGCGGGGCCAGGGGAGCGGCCCCCCGCAGAGCACGGCAGAGCACGUGUGGAUGCAGAGGAAGGAGAAGGUGCAAUGCUCAAACCAUGAUGCAACACAUAGGCUUGUUCUCUCCCCUGAUGGGAAGCUUUCUGAGCACUGGGCUGCAGCUUCAGCUGGCUGCUCUAAGACAAGGCUGGUGAAGGAACUAGACAACCAUGACAUUGUUCAAAUAGUGUGUGGGGACCAGCAUGCCAUGGCUCUAACCAGAGGAGGUGAGCUCUUCACGUGGGGCCAGAACACCCAUGGACAGCUUGGAGUGGGGAGCCAAGCCAUGCUCACCCCCCAACCACAGCUGGUGGAAAGACUAAAGGGCAUCCCACUCGCUCAGAUUGCUGCUGGAGGAGCUCACAGUGCUGCCGUGUCACUCUCUGGAGCUGUGUACUCCUGGGGUAAGAACGAUUUUGGCCAACUGGGACUCGGAGACAUGCAAGAUAGGGACUGCCCAUCAUACGUCAGAGCAUUAGAGCACUGGAAGGCUGUAUUUAUCUCGUGUGGGGCAGAUCAUACUGCAGUUCUCUCCAAGGAGGGGCUGGUGUGCACCUUUGGAGCAGGAGGGGCUGGCCAGCUUGGUCACAACUCCACCCGGAAUGAACUCACGCCUCGUGUGGUGGCCGAGCUGUGGGGAGCAAGAGUUUCGCAGGUUGCCUGUGGAAGACAGCACACCCUGGUCUAUGUUCCCUCCUUGGACAAAGUCUAUUCGUUUGGUUCUGGUGAAGACGGGCAGCUGGAAGAUGAGACAGAGCCUAACCAGUUGAUACCACUUCCCAUCAAGAUACCAGCGAAUACUGGACAAUCCUGUCAGAGAAAAAGAACAUCACAAAAGGUGAUUGAAAUUACUGCAGGAGGAAACCAAAGUAUUGUCCUUUACAAGGAGGACCAGAGCACCCAUUUGGAUGGAAUUGCCACUCUGAAGGAUAAAGAAGUGGAUGCAUGGAUUUCUAAUUCCAGUUCGCAACACUGGGAAAGUAUAAAAAAGAAUAUCAGCGUGAUCUUUUCAUCUGAGGCUUGCAUCAAUGGAAGCUUCCUGGAGAAAAGAGACAAACAUUUCAAAACUUCCAAAGAAGUCUCAGGUGUAGACAUGUCACAAGUGAAAUGCUUUUAUGAGAAGAUCAGAAAGAAGCGAAACGUCUUCCAGAAGGUGCAAAAGGAGAUUGAGAAGUUACUGCCAUCGUUGUCUUCCUCUCCCAUCUCACCUGAAAAUUUCAGAGUCUACUUGAUCUUGCCUUUCCUUCUGCAGGGAGAGAACGACAGCUCUUACCGUUCUCUCCGGCUUCUAGCACAAGCCAUCACAAAGCUCCAGUCAAAGGACCUGCAAACUCUUGAAUGCCUGUGGUCAAAUCUAGAAACAUCAUUUUUAAAGGAGCUGGUCAUUCUAUAUCAGAGGGUUUCCCAGAAAAACCUAUCUCAGUUUAUAAUAGAACUCAUAUAUGACCAAAGAGACCCCUUCAGUCUGCGCCCACAUGAAACAGUGACUCUGCAAAUACUGCAGAUUCUUUACCAGGUGAACUCCAGAACUGGCUUGAGAGUACAAGAAAACAACUUCUAUGUGCCUGAAGUGAAACCGAUUAUCAUAAUGUUUUGGUCCUUUAAUAUGAAAAACAUGGCCCUAUGGAAGCUGACGGAAUAUCCAUGCAUCUUUGACAUGCAAGACAAGAUUAAUGUUCAUUCUGCAGAAUGCAAUGCUCUGUCCAGUGUCUCUACAGAUACACACAUAAUAGCAAUGGGCAAUGAAGAGUGGUUUUUUCCAGUCAGAAGACAAUGCCUUCUGCAAGACAUAUGGACCCAUUUAAAUCGUGCAACAACCCAGCAAUUCAGGAAGAUCUUAAAGGUGUCGUUCGCCGGCGAGCAGGGCGUGGACGAAGGCGGGCUGUCGCAGGAGCUCUUCAGCGUGGCCGUCAGGACUCUCUGCCAGCCCAUCACCGGGGCUUUCCGCCGCGUCGCCUCCGGCCUCAUGUGGCUGCCCAGCCAGGCGUCGGGCGGUGAGGACGCGUUGUUCCGGAUCGGGACGCUGUGCGGGAUGGCGCUGUAUAACGGGUGCAUAGCGCCCUUCUCCUUCCCCCGCGCUCUCUACAGAAAGCUGCUGGGCCUGGCGCCCACUCUGGAGGACCUCGAGGAGCUGCUGCCAGACGUGGGCCGGAGUCUUCAAGGAAUUUUGCAUGAAGAAUGCGAUCAUGUCCUUGAGAGCCUGGACAUGAACUUCACGAUAAUGGAAGAAGGAGGUUCCACAGGUGUUGUUGAACUUAAAAAAAAUGGUGCCAACAUCCCUGUCACUAUGGAUAACAGGAAAGAAUUUGUUGACUUGUACGUGAAUUAUGUGUUAAAUGAAUCGAUACAGAAGCCAUUUGAGGCCUUCAUGCAAGGGUUUUUAAGAGGCUGCCCAGGUAGAAAGUGGAAGAUGUUUCUCCCUGUGGAGCUCCAGACUGUUCUCCAGGGACACACAAAAUAUGACUGGCAUCUGCUGGAAAAGAGCGUGAUGUAUGGACGGUAUAAAAGUUUAGAUAAAACCAUCAGGAAUUUUUGGAUUGUGUUUCACAAACUCCCAGAAGAAAAAAAGAAAAUGUUUCUUGUUUUUCUGACAGGAUCUGAUCGAAUCUCUGCCUAUGAACUGGAGCAUUUUAAGUUUUGUAUUGUAGAUCCUCAAGCAGAAAAUCCAGAUGAGCUCCAUCUUGUUGCCAAUACCUGCCACCACAUUUUGUUCCUCCCCAGAUACAGCAGUAAAAGAAUACUCAAGAAGAAGUUGCUCUAUGCCAUAGAGCAUAAUGAAAGUUUUGGCUUGUCCUAACUCUUGGUCAGGAGCGCUUUAAAGCAAAAAUAAGAAAACAAGCCUUUUUUUCACUUGUCAUAUUUUUCUCUUAAUAAUCCCAAUUUACUGGUUUCUACCUUGUCUUAUUUUUACUGCACUUGAGUGCAUGUAUUCACUGAGAUUUUGUAUUGAUUACAAAAAUGAGCUUAGACCAGAUACUUGAUUGUUAGAUUAUAAAGUUAGGAAAGAAGAAUCCUAUUUAACACACUUCCAGGAACCAAGCUAAUAACCACAUAUAUUUACAUAUACAUGCAUCUGGUUUGCGCUGUGCUGAUCUUGUUUCAUUGGUAAACUUUGAGCAGCAGGGAUUCUGUGGUUUGUACAUUACCAAACAUACAGCCAGUACAUGCUAAGCAGUUGUCAUUGCAGGAGGAACCUAGGGUAAAGUUUUAAUCUCUGUUAGUGAAGGAUUCUUUUGGGGAGCAAAUAAUACUGGGGAGACGUGUUCCUGUAAACUGUGAAUUGAAGGAGAGCACCUGGAUAUGGCCUUUGACUUGUUUGAAAGAAGUUCUUAGGAUGAGAAUUUAUCAUUCCUAGACUUUGUCAAAAGCUGUAUUUGUAAAGCAUUAAUGGACUUGUUAUUUAGUGUUAUAACACUGUGAUAUUUGUCAUGUUUCUUUAUAUCUUCUAAUGAAAUGUUUGGCAAUUAAAAUUUUAGGCUUGCAGAACAGCUCUGUCUACAGAACCCUGUGGACAUGAGGCUUGUAGGGCUGUUGGAAGCUCCUUGUUAAAAUAAUGCAUAGCACUGGCAGGGGGUUGGAACUAUAUGGUCUUAAGGUCCUUUCCAACCAUAACAAUUCUAUGAUUCUAUGAUAUUGACAAUGUCAGGCAGGAUGCAGAGACAGGAGGUGUAUUUUUUAUUUGUGUAAAAAUAUGUAUGUAGAGAAGGAUGACAAUAAUUUUUCAGCAGUCUUCUCUUGCCUUUGGUGUGUUAAAUGUGUCGGUGGACAUACAUACAUAAAGAAAACUUUUACUGUGUGAAUUAAAUGAUGAUUGAUUAAAUUUC